UCUUAUCCAAAAAUUCAUCAUAACCACAAUUUGCUUCCACUCUAUCAAUUUUCUUACCUCUUCCAAACUCAAAACGCUCCUUAAUUGGCCAAAAGAAAAAAAUGGUGAGUUUAGUAUCCCAAGAGAACACUGUGGCAUUGGUUUCUCGCACUGGCAGGGAGUUGCAGCGCUACAAAAAGGGUCGUCGUCAAGUUGUGGGGUGCAUACCAUAUAGAUAUAAAACUGGUAACCAAACUUCCUUGGAGGAACAUGAUGAGGAAUUAUUGGAGGUUUUGGUUAUUACUUCUCAGAAAGGCAAAGGGAUGCUAUUUCCUAAGGGAGGCUGGGAAUUAGAUGAAUCAAAAAAGGAGGCAGCUCUGAGAGAAACCAUAGAGGAAGCUGGUGUGCGGGGCACUGUUGAGGGUAAAUUGGGUAAGUGGAGCUUCAAGAGCAAAACCCAUGAUACUUUAUAUGAAGGCUACAUGUUCCCUCUACUUGUUCUUGAGCAAUUAGAGAUUUGGCCGGAGAAGAACGUUCGUCGAAGAAUGUGGAUGAGUGUUUCUGAGGCUAGGGAAGUUUGUCAAUACUUGUGGAUGAAAGAAGCUCUAGAGAGACUGGUAAAUCGGCUGGCGCCUCACAAACUUGGUCAUGUGAAUACUGUUGCACAAGGUUGUAUACAUUGCAUAGGAGGAGUUGGCAAAUCUGACUUGUAAACAGGACUCAGCCUAAGCUUUUCUUGGACGGCAUCAAGUGAGGAAUAGUUAGUAGGAUCCAAAGAAGGGAUAAAAUUUGUACAAAUGAUAAAAUUAUAAUAAGAACUAAUGAAAUGAUUUUUAGACAUCCAAAUAAGACUAUAUCAUCCAACUCACCUUUUCCAUCUCCUUUUUCAAU